AUUUAAAAACUGCUGCGGUUGUCGAACCUGGUUUAACUGUCGUCGCCUGUGAAAUGAAGGGAUAACACUCUAUUCUUACAUCAGAUAUUCAGUCAAGCAUUGGCUCAAAGCAAAACAAAUCCAAGUGUACGCAGAAGUUUUCCAGAGUAAUUUAAAUUCCCAAAAACUUACAAAUGGGUGAAGUUUGUAACAUUUGUUUCAAGAACUGUUCCAGUUUUAAAAAACUGAAAAAACAUUUCAUAAAAAAACACACUUCCAUUAUGCUUAUAGAAUGCUGUUUUUGUGAUUUUGUCACUGGGGAUGAAUCCAUUUUUGGAACCCACAAGACUAACACUCAUCCUGAAGACAAACUUGCGUGUGAGCUGUGUAAGUUCACCACUAGACGUUGGUCACGGCUGAAAAAACACUUCUCUCAUCAUCAAAGAAAAAAUCAGGUGGUUGCUUGUGAUGUUGGGUCCAAGCUUGUAGAACAGGCAGCAGCAACACCACCAGGACAAAGAAAGUUGUCCAAAACAUCAGCACCGACAAACUUGCUAUUUGAGAAAUCUAAGCAUGCCAAGCUAGAAACAAAGACAACAUUACCAGCUACAAAUGAUGAUCCAUUGCAACAGGAAAUUCAUGUCAAGUGGCCAAAAGACUUUCAGCAGAGAAGCCUACCUAGAAAAGACGCAAAGACUGCUAACAGUUUUGUGGAUGUUCAGACAGGUUUCAGUCCAGAAACAUCAGCACUGACAAACUUGCUAUUUGAGAAAUCUAAGCAUGCCAAGCUAGAAACAAAGACAACAUUACCAGCUACAAAUGAUGAUCCAUUGCAACAGGAAAUUCAUGUCAAGUGGCCAAAAGACUUUCAGCAGAGAAGCCUACCUAGAAAAGACGCAAAGACUGCUAACAGUUUUGUGGAUGUUCAGACAGGUUUCAGUCCAGAAACAUCAGCACUGACAAACUUGCUAUUUGAGAAAUCUAAGCAUGCCAAGCUAGAAACAAAGACAACAUUACCAGCUACAAAUGAUGAUCCAUUGCAACAGGAAAUUCAUGUCAAGUGGCCAAAAGACUUUCAGCAGAGAAGCCUACCUAGAAAAGACGCAAAGACUGCUAACAGUUUUGUGGAUGUUCAGACAGGUUUCAGUCCAGAAACAUCAGCACUGACAAACUUGCUAUUUGAGAAAUCUAAGCAUGCCAAGCUAGAAACAAAGACAACAUUACCAGCUACAAAUGAUGAUCCAUUGCAACAGGAAAUUCAUGUCAAGUGGCCAAAAGACUUUCAGCAGAGAAGCCUACCUAGAAAAGACACAAAGACUGCUAACAGUUUUGUGGAUGUUCAGACAGGUUUCAGUCCAGAAACAUCAGCACUGACAAACUUGCUAUUUGAGAAAUCUAAGCAUGCCGAGCUAGAAACAAAGACAACAUUACCAGCUACAAAUGAUGAUCCAUUGCAACAGGAAAUUCAUGUCAAGUGGCCAAAAGACUUUCAGCAGAGAAGCCUACCUAGAAAAGACACAAAGACUGCUAACAGUUUUGUGGAUGUUCAGACAGGUUUCAGUCCAGAAACAUCAGCACUGACAAACUUGCUAUUUGAGAAAUCUAAGCAUGCCGAGCUAGAAACAAAGACAACAUUACCAGCUACAAAUGAUGAUCCAUUGCAACAGGAAAUUCAUGUCAAGUGGCCAAAAGACUUUCAGCAGAGAAGCCUACCUAGAAAAGACACAAAGACUGCUAACAGUUUUGUGGAUGUUCAGACAGGUUUCAGUCCAGAAACAUCAGCACUGACAAACUUGCUAUUUGAGAAAUCUAAGCAUGCCGAGCUAGAAACAAAGACAACAUUACCAGCUACAAAUGAUGAUCCAUUGCAACAGGAAAUUCAUGUCAAGUGGCCAAAAGACUUUCAGCAGAGAAGCCUACCUAGAAAAGACACAAAGACUGCUAACAGUUUUGUGGAUGUUCAGACAGGUUUCAGUCCAGAAACAUCAGCACUGACAAACUUGCUAUUUGAGAAAUCUAAGCAUGCCGAGCUAGAAACAAAGACAACAUUACCAGCUACAAAUGAUGAUCCAUUGCAACAGGAAAUUCAUGUCAAGUGGCCAAAAGACUUUCAGCAGAGAAGCCUACCUAGAAAAGACACAAAGACUGCUAACAGUUUUGUGGAUGUUCAGACAGGUUUCAGUCCAGAAACAUCAGCACUGACAAACUUGCUAUUUGAGAAAUCUAAGCAUGCCGAGCUAGAAACAAAGACAACAUUACCAGCUACAAAUGAUGAUCCAUUGCAACAGGAAAUUCAUGUCAAGUGGCCAAAAGACUUUCAGCAGAGAAGCCUACCUAGAAAAGACACAAAGACUGCUAGCAGUUUUGUGGAUGUUCAAAGAGGCUUCAGUCCAGAAACAAAUCUUGAUGUAUCUUUAGAUGAUAAAAUAAAACCAUUUCCAUGUUAUGAGUGUGGCAAGUUUUAUACUACAGAGCGGAUUCUCAAAAGUCAUGUUGAAAGUAAACAUAUUCAAAGACGUUUGUAUACCUGCGAUCAAUGUGAUUUUUCUACAUUUCAUCGUACUGCCAUGUAUCCACAUAAGAAGAUACAUAAGGAUAGAGAGUUCAACUGUGCUAUUUGUGGUAACAGUUUCACCUUGUUGCAAACUUUAAAUAAUCACAUGUUGACACAUUCAGGGAAAAAACCAUUCAGUUGUUUUAUCUGUGACUGUCACUUCACUCAACGUGGUAGUUUAAUUAGGCAUAACAGAAAUGUACAUCAUAAUAAUGAGAUUCCUUGAUUCUAUUUGUUGUUGUUUUUUUU